AUGGGCCAAUUGUCGAAGGUGGGCCGCGACUGGGUCGGCGCCGCCCAGUCCGCCUUUACGGUGGCAGCCCAUAUGCCCUCGGCCCUGACGGCCGAGCAAAUCCAGGAACUAUUCGAACGCGUCGAGAAUGGGGUCGACGUCUCCGGGGAUUAUGCGGCCACCGCCGAAAUUGGCAGUCUGCGGAAUCAGAAUGGCGAAAGCCUCCUCCAAGUCGCCGCCAAGGCCAACAACCAGCCAGUGCUUCGGUUUAUCCUGCCAGAGAGCGAUCUCGACGAUACGGACAACGAUGGCUGGAGUGCGCUGUUGAUCUCGGCAUUUCACGGACACCCCGAGAUCGUCUCUUUGUUGGUCGAUUCGGGAUGCGCCGUGGAUCAGCCGGAUUUGAUGGGCUGGACACCGCUGAUGUGGGCCGUCUACAAGAAUCAACCGCAAAUUCUGGAAUUUCUGCUCUCACAUCGGGCCCACGUGAAUUUAAUCGACGAAGAAGACGGGUUAACACCGUUGAUAGUAGCGGCCGGAAGAGGAUUUACGGAUUGCGUGAGAAUCCUGAUCGGCCAUGAUGCGCAGGUGAACGCCUGCGACAAGUUCGGCUCGACGGCGUUGAUCUGGGCGGCGCGGAAGGGCCACCUGCCCGUUGUACAAAUUUUACUAAACGCCGGUGCCGAGGUGGACGCCGUUGGAAUGUACUCCUCCACGGCGUUGAUGCUGGCUACGCGGGGCAACUAUUUGCACGUGGUCGACCUGUUGUUGUCGAGGGAUCCGAAUGUUAAUGUUGUUGAUCAGAAUGGCCUUUCCGCCCUGUCGAUCGCCGCCAAGGAGGGAUAUGCUGAUAUCUGCGAUUCGUUGAUAAAAUGCGGGGCUUUUGUGAACCAGGUGGAAAGAUACGGAAACUGGAUCCUGUCGAGUGCUGUCCGCUCCGGAAACGCAAACAUCGUCCGGAUGCUCCUUGAAAAAUAUGCGGAUAUUAACUGCCAAGACUCGGAUGGCCGCUCCCCGCUUCAUCUCGCCAUCGACAAGUCGUUCAUGGACAUUGUACUGAUUUUGCUGGAAAAACGGCCGAAUUUGGAGCUGAAAAAUCGGGAAGGCGACACACCAUUAAUGCGAGCGGUGAAGAGCCGACACGUCGCGCUGUGUGACCUGCUCGUCAAGGCCGGCGCGAAGAUCAGCGCCACCGACAGGGAGGGGGACAACGCACUACAUUUGGCAUUACGAGCCCGUAGCAAACGCCUCGCUACCGUCCUCCUCACCAACCCACAGGACUCCCGGUUACUGUACCGGCCGAAUAAAUUGGGCCAAACCCCCUAUUCGAUCGAUCAGCAAAAUCCGCAACCGAUUCUACCCCUGAUUUUCGGGCCCGUCGACGCGGAGCAGCAUUUAGACGCCAUGCUAGGAUACGAUAUUUAUAGCAACGUAAUAGCCGAUAUUUUGUGCGAACCAAAUCUUCAACUGCCGCUUACGCUGGGCCUCUACGCAAAGUGGGGAACCGGCAAGUCCGUACUGCUCCAAAAGGUCAAGGAGUCGAUGAACGCGUUUUCGAGGAGUUGGCUCGAUGGCAUGCAACUACGAUGGUCCAUGCCCGUGCUCUUCUACCUCCUCCUCGCCGUCACCGUCAUCACCCUCUCCGUGGCAACCGUAAUCUCCAUCUUUGGCAGUGUUCAUCUCCUGAUUACCGUCGGCGUCGUCGGGCUGGUCAUCUACCUGGUCUUGGGCGGAUUCUACUGCGUCACCUACUACGGUAGCGAGCACAAGAUGUGGGUGCGGAGUAUGAUCCUUGGCGAGCACGUGGCUAGGAUUUUCGCUCAUGUUAGGUUACUUUUCAAUGUUAUAAUGCUGUACGCACCGCAACACUCUGAAAAAGAUAUGGUAUCGAAUCCGGUGUGCUUUUUAUUUGCGGAUUAUCAUCGAUUGUCGUCUUUUGGAGGGGAACAGGCGCUCGCAAAAAUUGUGGUGACCCUCUUCGAGGCGGCCGAGAAUCACUUUGGCGUGCUGCCAGUGAGAAUCUACUGCGCGCUGAGGGGGAACACCUAUUACAAUACCCUGCAGGGCUCCCUCCGACGCCAUUGUGGAGUACCAGUCGUACUCCUUGCUGCCGCCAUCAUCCUCUCCCUCAUACUGUUCGAAAGCUUCAUGAUCGCGUGGCUCUUCUCGGGCCGGACGUUCAACACCGGGUCGAGCAGCUACCUCUUCGUGUCGUUGGUGUUCCUCGUCUUCCUGAUCCUGAUGUUGGCCUACCCGCUCUUUGUGGCCGUACGCCAUGGUACUCAGAACGUGCCGAAGGGGAGGAUCAACUCGGCCGCCCGGGCCAUGCACAAGCUGAGAUUUGAGGGCCUGAUGCACAAGCUCCAGACUGAGGUCGACCUCCUUGCUGACAUGAUCCGCUCCCUCGACGCGUUCACCAACAGCCAGACGCGACUUGUCGUGGUAGUAGACGGACUCGACAACUGCGAGCAGGAGAAGAUGGUGACCACGCUGGACUCGUUGGAGUUGUUGUUCUCGGCGAGAAAGAAUCGGCCCUUUGUCGUGGUCAUCGCCGUCGAUCCGCACAUCAUCAUCUCGGCGAUGAAUCACAAUAUUCAUAGUGCCCUCUCCGGAACCGACCUGACCGGUGCCGACUACCUGAAGAACAUCGUCAACAUGCCCUUCUUCCUGCACAACUCGGCCCUGCGCCAGUUGCAGAACAGGCUGCGCGAGAAGCGGGAGACGUACCUCGACUGGAAGGAGCGCUUCCGGCGCCAGGACACCUUCCAUGGGUCCCACCUAUCGUUGAGCGGGGCUGGCCUCGGGAAUUCGACAGCCAGGAAGCAGACCCAGUCGGCGCUCAUCGUCGGCACAAGAUCGGUCGGCGAGGCACUAAUGGCUGACGAUUACUUCUCGGCGAUCAACCCUCGAGCCAUGCGACGUAUCAUUAAUGCGUUGACGCUGACGGGGCGUCUCCUGAGAGCUUUUGAGAUCGAGUUCUCGUGGCUGGCGCUUGGGCAUUGGGUGUCGAUGCUCGAACAAUGGCCGGUGCGUAUGUGCUGGCUAAUCGAGUACGCGGUCGAAUCAAACAACGGCUCGAAGGGCCUGUUCGACAUCUACCUGCAGCUCCGUGCCCAUCUACCAAAGAACGAUCCGCUCUUCACGCAGGACCGCAACCCCGAGAACUUCGAGUCGUUUCUGCGAGCCGUUGGAGCGGAAGGGGCCCCAAGCAUCGUCGCCUCGACCCCGCUGCCAAACAUGAGCCGGAAACGGGCGACCGUCUCCGAGCUGGCCACCCAGAUGACAGUAGAUGGACAGCACGACGCAUUAAUGGCCAGUCUGGCGGAUAUGGACGCGCAGGAGACGGAGGGCGACCUGCCGAAUGGGAGUGUAUCGGGAGGAGCAUCAGGUCAAUAUGACGAUGAUGGAGCCGCAACCUCACUCGAUUCGACAGAAAGCCGAUUCGGAAGCCGGGAGAAUCUGCUGGAUCUUGACGAUGAGCACGAGCCAAUGUUGAGCAGGCAACCGAGCGCUAGAGGCGAAAUGAUGCGCAGCCUGCGGAACAACAGCGUCCACACGGAUGGGGGCGGAAUUUCGCCCCGCGAAGCGGGGAGUCGCACUUCUUCAUUUAUGGGCAGCCAAGGCUCGGUGGAGAACGAGAACCAACUGACGGUGCUCCGACGUCAAGAACAGCAGGAAAGGGAGCCGUUGCAAGGACUAUUUAGACCCGACGACCCGCCCGUG